AGAUGGGCUUAUCCGGUAUAUUUGGAUACUUAAAAAGCCUGGAAGCCAAAAACUCUUUGCAUGUAGCAAUAGGAUAUAUUUUGGUCGCUUACUUUUUUCAUGCUGUCUAGAUAACAUUUUACAAAUCAGGUCAUUUUACUGUUGUGCCAUAAAGCUUAUUUUUGAGAUCCUUCUUUUCCCUAAUCUUUAUAUUUAUGUUCCAAUACAAGGAAAACUAUUAUCCAAAGAAUAGAACUCGAUAUUUGGUAUAAUCAUAAACAUUGGGGGCAUUUGGAUCCUUAUUUUACUUUUAUGGAAUAAAUUUCAUCUCUCUAUCAGAGGGAGCUAUUUUAUUUGCUACAAAUUCGAUAUGGAGUCAAUUGAUGGUAAGUUUGAUGAAUAGAGAAAGAAUAACAAAAUCUAGAUUUAUAAAUUCUAUUAUCUGUAUUAUCGGCAUAGUGUUAGUUGUCAACCCGACACUCACAGUUGAUGAUCCUGUAAUGCAUAUAGUUGGUUGUCUCUGUAUAUUGAUUUGUAGCGUGAUACAAUCACUUGGUUUCAUCAUAAUGAAAAAGAUUGGUCCAGAAGUUCCUUCCACGAUCACUACCUCAUACUUUCAUAUAAUGAUCAUUUUCACUUCAAGUCUACAAUAACAAUACAUUGGCAGAUUCGAGUAUUUCGAUGGUUAUUAUAAAUACAUAGCUGGAUUCUCUAUAUUCACUAUGUUGGGAUAGCUCAUUUAAUUUAGAGCUCAAACAUUGGUUACGUAUGAUAAGUUAUGCAAUUACACUUACUCCCAAACUCUGUACAUUAUCAUAAUAGAUUAUGUAAUCUUCAAUAAGAUACUAAGUUUGAAUGGCAUGAUCGGAGGCAGUUUGAUUUUAUUUGGGGUUUUCAAAUAAUUAGCAGAAGAUAAGAAAUCAAGAGGUUGAUUAUUAAAUUUGUG